GCGAGCCUGCCGCCGCCGGGCCAGGCCACAGCCUGCAGCGGAGCCCAGGAGAAUCAGCGCCAUGGCGGAACAGACCUACUCGUGGGCCUAUUCCCUGGUGGAUUCCAGUCAAGUGUCUACAUUUCUGAUUUCCAUUCUUCUUAUAGUCUAUGGUAGUUUCAGGUCCCUUAAUAUGGACUUUGAAAAUCAAGAUAAGGAGAAAGACAAUAAUAGUUCUUCUGGAUCUUUCAAUGGCAACAGCACCAAUAAUAGCAUCCAAACAAUUGACUCUACCCAGGCUCUGUUCCUUCCAAUUGGAGCUUCUGUCUCUCUUCUAGUAAUGUUCUUCUUCUUUGACUCAGUUCAAGUAGUUUUUACAAUAUGUACAGCAGUUCUUGCAACGAUAGCUUUUGCUUUUCUUCUUCUCCCGAUGUGCCAGUAUUUAACAAGACCCUGUUCACCUCAGAACAAGAUUUCCUUUGGUUGCUGUGGGCGUUUCACUGCUGCUGAGUUACUGUCAUUCUCUCUGUCUGUCAUGCUUGUCCUCAUCUGGGUUCUCACUGGCCAUUGGCUUCUCAUGGAUGCUCUGGCCAUGGGUCUCUGUGUUGCCAUGAUCGCCUUCGUCCGCCUGCCAAGCCUCAAGGUCUCCUGCCUGCUUCUCUCAGGGCUUCUAAUCUAUGAUGUCUUUUGGGUAUUUUUCUCAGCCUACAUCUUCAAUAGCAACGUCAUGGUGAAGGUGGCCACACAGCCGGCUGACAAUCCCCUUGAUGUUCUAUCCCGGAAGCUCCACCUGGGGCCGAACGUUGGGCGUGAUGUUCCUCGCCUUUCUCUGCCUGGAAAACUGGUCUUCCCAAGCUCCACUGGCAGUCACUUCUCCAUGUUGGGCAUCGGAGACAUUGUGAUGCCUGGUCUCCUGCUGUGCUUUGUCCUUCGCUAUGACAACUACAAAAAACAAGCCAGCGGGGACUCCUGUGGUGCCUCUGGACCCGCCAACAUCUCUGGGCGCAUGCAGAAGGUCUCCUACUUUCACUGCACUCUCAUCGGAUACUUUGUAGGUCUGCUCACUGCUACUGUGGCCUCUCGCAUUCACCGGGCCGCCCAGCCUGCCCUUCUCUAUUUGGUGCCAUUUACCCUAUUGCCACUCCUCACAAUGGCCUAUUUAAAGGGUGACCUCCGGCGAAUGUGGUCUGAGCCAUUCCACUCCAAGUCGAGCAGCUCCCGAUUCCUGGAAGUAUGAUGGAUCACACAGAAAGUGACCAGAGUGGCCAUCAUAGUCCUUUUCUCUCAACUCAUGGUUUUGUUUCCUCUUAGAGCUGGCCUGGUACCCAGAGAUGUACCUGUUUAAGGAACUGCGUGUGACUGGAUUUUGCAUUCAUGUAAAGGGAGCUUGUUUGCAGGAGAGAGGUGCUGGAGCCCUGUUUGGUUCCUUCUCUUCCUGCAGCUGUAGAAGCGGAGCCCCUUCCAGAAGGGACAGGCCCCUCCCCAGCACUCCUGCCUCCCCCGUUUUUAUGGAUCUGCGCCAGACUGUCUACACCAGACUGUUACCUUGUGGGGGAGAUGGAGAUAAGACUAUUUAAAAACUGAAAACGGCAAGGAGUCGUUCUAGAACUUUUGAACACUAAAAGGAUUUUAAAAAAAUUAGCAAACUGAAGUUUCUUCAAUGAACCCUCAAGAACUUUGGGACCAGUUUCCUGUGGGGGACUCAGUUUCAGAGAACUGAGACAGAAGCUCUUCUGUCGUUAUAUUCUUCUUUCCUUUUUUUGGAUUUAUUAAAUAUUUUCUGUGGUGUGAAGUGACUUAUUAAAUCCACAGACAUUGAGUGACUUCUUACAACAUCCACAUAAAAAUUUGUUGUAAUGAGUUCAUGUCCACCCAGAUGUUGUGUUGGCAGUGAACAAGGGCACGGUUUUUAUACAUACGUACAUAUAUAUAUAUACACACACAUAGAUAUAUAUGAAUAAACAAAUUAAAACCUGCUAAGAUCACGCUGUGUAGCAGACAGGGGCUUGCUGUCAUUUUGAGCAUGUCGAGCAGUUUACUGUGGCUUCCUUGUAUAUGGAUAAGCUGCUGUCUUUCCCUUCACAACUGACCCUGCAGUUACAAACCAGUAUAGCAUUUGUGCUGAUAGCCUCAUGGACUAUAGGAGACUCUUACUUGGUUUUGAUCAGUGUUAGCAAAUUAGGGAUGAAAAGUUUAAACCUUUUGGCCCUUUUUUUCUUUUUACAGGCUUCUCCCUUGCAGGGUUUUUAGUCGUUUCUUCUUAAACCAAUGCAUGUAUUAUAGCAGCAGGCGUCUUUGUGCUUUCCGAUCAUAGUGAUGUACUCCUUGUAAAUACAUUUUUCUAUUUUCUAUUUUUUUGUAUUUUUUUUGACAUUUUGUUUCAUUGGUGUGCUGUAUUUUCCAUACCCUCACUCCU